GCGAAAAAGUGGCCAAAAUAUUUUUCCGAUUUUCUCUUUUUAUCAAAAGCAGUUUUUUUAUACUAAUCUUAUUUAAACUCAAUUUACUGUAAAGGAAGUUGAAAUUAAAUUGUUUUCGGAAAAUAUUUAUGCUAAAGUGUACAAGAGUUUGUUUGCAAGAUUAUUCAAGCGUUUUCUUUGUUGAUGAUUAAGCAUAAAAAGACUAGAACUUUUAAACAUAAUUGAGGAAGUUGGUAUUAAUCAUGUGGAUUUGCAAGCUGUUUUAGAAGCUAAAGUGAGAAAAAAAUGAUCAACUAUGAAGAACUGUCCGAUGUGGAACUCUCAGAAAAAAUUAGACUUUUUAUUCUGAAAUUUAGAGUAUACAAAGCAUAAUCGUAAUUUUGCAAGACUAACUAAACAAGAACUACCCUGGUUAGAGGGUGAGUUGUUUCAGAAUAAAAAAGCUGAACUUGAUUUAGCUUUAAAAGCCGGUAGACCAGAAAAAAAAUGAACAGAGUGUUCAUUAAGAACAAAAAGAAGGAAAGUUUCAAGAUUGGCUAAAACCCAUUCAACUAAAGAGUUAGCAGAAGCUGCUAUUGUAAGUGCUAAAUCAAGUCCUAAAAAAUUGGAUUUGGGAAUGUUUUCUCAAGUUCAAACAAGCAAAACAAAAAAAAAGGAUAAACAUCAGCCAACUAUGAUGUCUGCAGAACAAGCUUUAUCACUUAAAAUUCAUUGUGAUUUGAGUGAUUCGCAAUAUCAGAUUAUUCGAAACUUAUCUCUGAUGCAAAAUGCUGACAUUUAUCCCCCGUUAAAAACAAUCCUAAAAUCAAAAGUAGAUUGUUACCCAGAGGGUUUGCAUAUUACAGAAACAUCUGCAAAGUGUAGUUUUUAGAACAUGGUUAACCAUACUUUGUCCCGAAUUUUGAAACUAAAGUCUGAGCAGCUUCAGAAUUUAGAUGAAACUGUGACUAGUGGAGUAUUUAAUUUGAAAUGUGGCAUGGAUGGGGCAUCUUCACAAAGUAUUUAUAAUCAAAGAUUUGAUGAUACUGGUUUUACUACUGGAAUGCAAAAUGAACAAUCAGUAUUUCAAACUGCAAUAGUUCCUUUGAAGUUAAGAAUUGGGGAUACAAACAUCUGGAAUAAUCCAAAACCAUCUAGCCCUCAUUUCUGAAGAUCUCUUCAAAUACAAUACCAAAAGGAAACAACUAAACUCAUUGCAGAAAAAGAAAUAAGUCUUUCUUUUUCUUAAAAACAAAUUGAAAAUCUCGAGGACUAUAUUUUAGAUCUACAUCUCUUUAGUAAUGAAAAGCAUGGUUCCAUAAAAAUUAAAAUUGUUGUUGACUUAACUUUGCUUGAUGGAAAAUCGGUAAAUGCUGUCAUGGCUUUGAAUUCAUCGCAAUCGUGCAAUGUUUGUUUUGCAAAGCCAAGCGAUAUGAACAAUCUAGUAAAAAUCAGAAUGUUCACUCCUGAUGAAAAGUCUCUUAAAAUGGGAAUAUCUGCAUUACAUUGUUGGGUUAAACUGUUUGAGUAUGUUCUACACUUAGGAUAUAAAAUAAAAAUUAAAAAAUAUCAGGCAAUAUCAGAAGAACAUAAGCUUUCUGUUGUUGAGCAAAAAAAUGAAAUUCAGAAUCGGUUUAGAAGUGAGCUCAGUCUUGUUGUCGAUAUGCCAAAGCAUGGCUAUGGUUCUUCAAACACAGGUAACACAGCCAGAAGAGCAUUUGAGAAUGCAGAUACUUUUGCAGAUAUUACAGGAGUUGAUUUUAAUAUUAUUGUUAGAUUAAGAAAUAUAAUGAAAGCUGUGUGCAGUGGGUACCACCUUGAUUUAGAGGCUUUCAAAAAAUAUUGUUUAGCUACUUCUGAAAUGAUAAUUGAAAAAUAUAACUGGUACAUAAUGCCACCUACUGUACACAAGCUAUUAGAGCAUGGUUAUCAAAUUUCUGAUUGCUUUGAACUCCCAAUCGGUGUAUAUUCAGAAGAGGCUCAGGAAGCACAAAAUAAAUACAUUCAAAAUGCAAGACUAAACCAUACAUGUAAAAUUUCCAGAAAAAAUGCAAUCGAAAACUAAUGUCAUUAUCUGCUGUUGCAAAGUCAUCCAAUAGUGUCAUCAAUCAGCUUCAAAAUUACUAAAUCCAUUGGUGCUGUUAGAUACCGAAGUUUUAAAAUUGUUGCUUGAAGAAUGAUUUUUUAAAUGUUUUUUUAGCUUUGU